GGGUCUAGUGUGCCACUCUUCAACAAUCCAGUCCACCGCACAGUCAAGAGGAUCCGAGACGGGGCUGCCAGGCCUGCUAGGAAACCUGGCCUCAAGACGUCUUACGACUGACUAUUUUAGCCCUGCCGCCCCCUCGGCCCCCUUCCUCGGACGCCUCGUCUGCUUUGUUCUCCUGUUUCUCAUAACCACAUACUUUAAGGUCCCUCCUUUCCCGAGAGCGGCCACGAUAUUACCCGAGACCAAUACAACACCCUCAGCCUUAUUCAUACUGCAUACCUCCUGGUCGCUCGUCCCGCCGUCGCGAACCCACGACAGGAACUCUCGAACCACAGACCAAAGUCAUCAUGGCGCCCCACGCAGACAAGGACGUCUCUGCCACCAAUGGCGCAACCAGCGGCGCAUCGGGCUACCAUGCGACCUCCACCAAGGCUGCCAUUGCUGCCGAGAACCAGUUCGCCGCGCACAACUACCACCCCCUGCCCGUCGUCUUUGCGAAGGCUCAGGGCGUCAACGUCUGGGAUCCCGAGGGCAAGCACUACCUCGACUUCCUGUCCGCCUACAGCGCCGUCAACCAGGGUCACUGCCACCCAGAGCUGAUCAAGGCCCUGACUGAGCAGGCCGGCCGCCUGACACUCAGCUCGCGCGCAUUCCACAACGACGUCUUCCCCGUCUGGGCCGAGAAGGUGCGCUCCGUCUUCGGCUAUGACAUGGUGCUGCCCAUGAACACCGGCGCCGAGGCUGUCGAGACCGCCAUCAAGAUUGCGAGGAAGUGGUCAUACAAGGUCAAGGGGGUCCCCGAGAACAAGGCCCUGGUGUUUUCUGCGACCGAGAACUUUCACGGAAGGACGAUGACGGCAAUCUCGCUGUCUGUUGACCCAGAGUCGCGCGACAACUACGGCCCAUUUGUGCCAAACAUCGGUGCUUUCUGCCCCACCACCGGCAACCCCAUCCGCUACAACAAUAUCGCCGACCUGGAGGCCGUUCUCGAGCGCCACGGAAAGGAGAGCGCGGCCUUCAUUGUCGAGCCCAUCCAGGGUGAGGCCGGCGUUGUUGUGCCGGACGACGACUACCUGAGCAAUGUCUCCGCUCUCUGCAAGAAGCACAACGUCCUCUUCAUCUGCGACGAGAUCCAGACCGGCAUUGGCCGCACCGGCAAGAUGCUCUGCCACCAGUGGGCCAACAUCAAGCCCGACCUGGUCACCCUCGGCAAGGCCAUCUCCGGCGGCAUGUAUCCCGUGUCCUGUGUCCUUGGAGACAAGGACGUCAUGCUCGUGGUCGAGCCCGGUACCCACGGCUCCACCUAUGGUGGAAACCCGCUGGGCUGCGCCGUCUCCGUGCGCGCCCUGGAGCUCAUCGAGGAGGAGGACAUGGUCGGGAAGGCCGAGAGGCUGGGCAACGUCUUCCGUGACGGCGUGGCCGCCUUCAAGUCGCCGCUCGUCGCCAAGGUCCGGGGCAAGGGUUUGCUCAAUGCCGUGGUUAUCGACGAGUCUGCCACCAACGGACGCACCGCCUGGGAUCUUUGCAUUCUCCUGAAAUCCAAGGGUGUUCUGGCCAAACCGACGCACGGUAACAUUAUCCGCUUCGCUCCCCCACUCGUAAUUAGCGAGGCGGAGCUGCGCAAGGCGCUUGACAUAAUUGGCGAGGCCCUGAACGAGCUCCCCAACGCACAGAAGGCCGAGCAUUAAGUGGAGACAAGCUUGGAAUCCGGGGGUGCGAUGGAGCCAUUGGUCUGUGUGUCUUCACACUAGACCCCUGGCUCAGUUGGCCGGACGGCAACAUCGUCAUCCAGCCAACACAACAGGACAUCAAUCCCUACGGGCACCGCUUACCGCCCCACUAGCUGAUGGGAAGGACUUGAAAAGAGGAGGAAACCAUUUGGGCGAAAAGAACGUCUUUCUCAGCGGUGGGGGUCGAGGAAGCGGUUAGGGUGUGUGCGUCAGCCACCUGCGGCUCUGCCUGGUGAGGGUUCCACCGGGAACUUCCCCGGGCAAGGCUCGACAGGCAGCAGGCGGGCCCCCUAGAGCUUUGAUGACGCGAGCCUAGAUCAGGCCCGUUGUUAUAGGCAACUGGAUUUGGGAGGCUGGUUCGUGGUAUUCCAGGACGGCUUGGAAACAGGCAAGAGCGUAUCAUGGGCCAGACCUCGUUCGGUUGUGGGUGAUUAGCAAAUAGACUUCUCAAGAAUUCUAGAUGAUAUCACCAAA